CAAGCAAGCCAAUGAGAAGAUGGAAUGCUUCUUCACUUAUGUUUGCUUUUUAUUUGCCUUGCUUAACAAGCUUUGUGUUUCCUCCAUCAUGUUUAUUCGGGGAAAUGUAUGAUAUUGCAACCAAUUCUUGUGUAGAUUGUGUGGAAGGAUAUUCUGGACCAAAUUGUUCUAUACGUUGCCCGUUCCCUGGAUAUGGUAAAGCUUGUCAGCUCACUUGUAGCUGUGCUGAAGAGGAAUGUGAUGCUGCUACCGGAUGCAUAUACAGUAUAACAGGGAAAAGACGAAGAAACGAAACUGAGACGAAAAUGUUUGUAAUAAGGGAUCAUAUUGGUGUGGAUGUUCUUUCAACUCUUCAUCCAUCACAACUAAAUAGCUUUCAAAGCACUGAUUUAUUAACAAAUGGUAAUCAAGAAAACGAACAUAGAAAUAUAUCUAGGCAAACAGGAAUCGGGAUUUUAUCAAGUGUACUGGUUAUUCUUGGUAUUUUGUUUGGUGUGUUCUUUUAUUCAAAAAGAAAGUAUUGUCAGAAAAACCAUGAGAAAAGGUAUGAAACUCAUUAUGAAGACAUAAAUGAACUUUAAUUUGUAUGUAUAUGUAAUAUGUAUAUAAUAUAAUUAAGGUAACAUGCACAGCGAGUUUCAAGUACUUUUCAGAAAAGUUUGA